AUGAGGGUUUCCCGAUUACAAAAAGUAGCUUUCAUCACUCAGCGCAUCGGUGCCGCAAGCCCCGUUUCGCCGACUUCCUCGACGCACGGACUGCCAAUCGACCCGGUGCUUAAACGCAUGCCCUUCAAAAUGUCAUCUCCCGACGAGCUUGUUGACGACAGUCCCCCCGAGAUCGACCCCUAUGAGAUCUUGGGACUCGAACGCGAGGCUACACCGGAACAGGUCAAGUCUGCCUACCGAAAAGCAGCACUCAAGAACCACCCAGACAAGGUCUCCGACGACCAGAGAGAUGAGGCGAAGGAAAAGUUCCAGGCCAUUGCUUUCGCCUACGCCAUUCUCUCUGACCCGGCACGACGCAAGCGAUACGACACAACCGGUUCUACAUCCGAGUCCAUCAUCGACUCCGAGGGCUUCAACUGGUCCGACUAUUACCGCGAGCAAUUCCAAGAUGCGAUCUCUGCAGAAGCCAUCGAAAAGUUUGCCAAGAAGUACAAGGGCUCCGACGAGGAGAAGGACGACGUCUUGAUCGCCUACGAAAACUCCAAGGGCGACAUGGACGGGAUCUACGAGUCAGUCAUGCUAAGCGACGUGCUCGAGGACGACGAACGGUUCCGCCAGAUCAUCGACGAGGCUAUUGCCAGCGAAGAUGUCCAGGCAUACAAGCGGUAUACAAAGGAGAGCAAGCUGUCAAAAGCGGCUCGCGUCAAGGCAGCAAAGGGCGAGGCGAACGAGGCCGAGGAGUACGCCAAAGAGCUUGGAGUUCACGAUAAGCUCUUUGGCGACAAAAAGGGCAAGGGGAAGAAGAAGGGCAAGGAUAAUGGAGAGGCCGACCUGGCCGCGCUCAUUAAGGGCAACCAGCAAAAACGUGCAGGUUUUCUGGACGAUCUCGCUGCCAAGUAUGGAGCCACCAGCCAGCCUAAAAAGGGCAAGAAGAGGGUCGUGGAGGAGGAAGAGCCGUCAGAAGAGGCAUUCCAGGCUGCAGCUGCACGGCUGAAAAAGCCCAAGGCAGACGAAAGCAAACCUGCCAAAGCGGGAAGAAGAUCGAAGCGUGAUAUUUCUGAAUUGUUGGAGACCUUCCACGUCUUCACGAUCAUGUUCGAUAACUCCCAACUUGGCGGAUGCACUUGUAUCAGCAUGGGGUCCUGGACGGUAGCGCCACAAGGCGGGGCACUCGGCACUGCAGUCGCUAAAACAUCCCCAGGUCAACCACGAAAGUUUACUUUUCCCCCAAGAACGGAAUCUCCCACUAUCACGUACAUGUUCCAACGCGACGCGCUUUCGGAGCCUCAGAACGGCCGACCGCUCCCAUCCGAGGUCUUGGUUGAGGAUGCCAAAGUGAUCCUCUACCGACAAUGCCAUGACGAGCGAUGUAUCAAUAGGCGGCCUCUAUCCGCAGCAUCCGACGUACACGCCCUGAAGACCGUGCCUGAAUAUGAAGGUAAAAUUGCCGCCAACAUGCCCAGUAACUUCUACUUCUACAAGAACCUGCCUAUCAAAUGGGCACGCAUCGUCGGCAUCGUCGUCGCCGUGGACGACUUCCCGGGCCGGCGCAUCUACACGGUUGACGACAGCAGCGGGGCUUGCAUCGAAUGCACAGUCGCGACAAAGACACCGCCGUCCGACAACAGCGCUACCAAUCUGGACACCAACGGGUGGUUCACCAAACGACCGCAGCCGCAGCCUCCUGCCGACUGCGUCGACGUAGAUGUCGGCACCGUCAUCGAUAUCAAGGGAGGACUGGCUAUGUUCCGUGAGGAGAUGCAGAUCAGGAUCGAAAAGGUCAAGAUCCUCCGGUCCACGGAGGAAGAAGUGGCGCUGUGGGAGAAGCGCACGCGGUUCCGGAACGAGGUGCUUCUGCCGCCGUGGGUGCUUAGUGAGAGGCAGAUUCGGAAGUGUAAGAAGGAAGGGAUGAGGGAUGCCGAGAGCGAGGAGAGGAAGCGCAAGAGGGAGAGGAGGCGCGAGGAGAGGAAGAAGGAGGAGGAGGAGAUGCGGCGCAAGACUGAGGCUGCCGAGGCGGCGGCUGCGCAGGAGAACCGGUAUCGUGCAUACAAGUUGAAGAAAGCAGAUGGAUCGCGGCCGAUGGUACAGACCAGCCAGGUCUUUACGGCAGUUCCAACCACAACAGCGGCUGCAGCUGCCCCUAUCGUGGAGGAUCGAUACCGUGCGUACAAGUUGAGGAAAGGAGACGGAUCGCGCCCGAUUGCGUAUGCUGGCCAAGUCAUCGCGGCGGUACCGACUGAGGCUACGGCUGCGUCGGUCGUGGAGGACCGAUAUCGUGCCUACAGUCUGAAGAGGGGACACUCAACCCAAGAACAGCAGCCUCAACGAGUCACGAGGCCGGCUCCGAGUCCGGCCGCGGAAGACCGUUAUACAGCCUACAAGAUCAAGAAAGGAGGAGACAGUCGGCCGGUCAUGAGGCCAGAUGCUACGACUAUUGACACCGCUGCUGCCGAGGCCGUGGAGGAUCGGUACCGCGUUUACAAGCUGGGCAGGCGCUUGGGGCGCUUGGGAGUAGACUUGCUUUCGAUACCCGCGAUUGGCUCUGCGAUUUCAAUUGACUACUAUUACUAUCCAUUAUAUGAUGCAGACUACACUUCCGACACCAUCUUUCGCCUGACGCUACCUUCAUCGAAUUUUCACAGCAGCAAGCCAAGUGUGGCCACUGACAUUCGCCAAGAUGACGCCAAGGAUUUCUCCAAGAUCAUAUUGCCUGGUGACAGGCAGAAGAAGCUGGUUACACUGAAAAGAAGCAACCUCUUGUCGCCAAUGCCUCAACAUCUGCUCUCGCAACAAUGGCCUGUAGUUGCAGUUACCACCCCGAUCCAGCUGCUCAAAAGUCAGCGAUGCCAUUACUCUUACGUCACUGGCCCGAGUGUCUCGCUAAAGGCAAAGAGAGGGACGACGAUAUGCCCCUCCAUGGCUUUGGUCCCUGGAGAUAGAAGACAUUCUUUUUGCCCCAACGGGUCUCAAUUAUACGUGCAUACCAUCGUAUUCGAGGCCAACGGCAGCUUGGAUGCCGAAGAGUCUCCACGCCAAGGGCAGGCACGCUCGAGACUCCCCAUCGCAACAUCUCUCUCCAAUUGCGCUUGCCAGAAAAAGACCCAAGACCGCCUAGUUGAACCAGUACACAUACCUACCUUGUCUUUAUCUUACUUGCCGGUCUUUUUGCGGCUGCAUCGCGUCUUGUCGCCCAACGCAGUCCUCAGACCAUUGCCGAAGCCUCUGCUGCCAUCAAGACACGGCCACCACCGACGCCUACCUGUCUUGACUGAUCGCGAUCCCUCAUUCCCCGGCAAGCCGCUCUGCAUUCCUAACCAGGUGAGACCUAUCCAUUGUUUCUGGAACCGGUACAUUCCCUUCACAUUCUUGGCCCAUACGUUGCGCGGUAACGCUGCAAAUCUUCACGUUCUGGACUGCGGCAAUCCCACCCGUGGGCUUACCACUAUCGGUUCACCGAGGACUGUCCUCCUCUGCGAGAACGCACUUGCCCUAUUUCACCAGCAACACGUUCGCCUUCACGAUACUCACCCGGAUUCGGUGUCUCUCGGCCAAUUGAACGUCCGGGCUUUACUCCUCGAUAGUCGUGAUAUAGCUUGCGUGACAGAGACGGCGAACGUAACCGUAACAGUCAGGGCCACGAAAGGAUCACAGCAAACAUCAGCACCAGCAUUGGAUAACUCCCAGGUUCCCAACGUCGUCACCAGCGCCGAAGCUAGCGGAACAGUAGUGAUCUUGCCAUCUCUAACCAACACAGCGCCUCAAACUUCUGGAUACGUUGCGACUGGUCUCACUGCAUCGGGCAAGGUUACGUCUUGCCCUCUUAUGUCAAACCCUAUUCCGACGCCCUCAUCUCUCAUCGACACAGCUGCGCCUGCUACUUCAGUUGCACCACUUCCAUCCGCGCCAAUGCCUUCCGGAGACAUCUUUUCUGAGCCCAUUGGCACUGGGGCACCCCCGGGCACCAUCUCAGCCCGCAGUGAUCACCCGGUUCCGAGAAAGGGCAUCACCUCGAGCUCACCGAUUCAGACAAACAAGUUUUACUCCAACUUCUUCCUCGGAGACCAGACGGCGCCGACGUACACCUACCCUUAUGGCAUAGCAUGGGGGGCAGGACGAGGGGCUGCUGCCAGCUACGGCAUGACGAUUUCCCACAUCGAAGCGAGCCAGCGUGUCUUCGGCCCGACCAAGGCGGAUUCUGGAGCUGCGUCUUAUUUCAUUAACCCGGUAGGUAUUCAAUCAAUGGUAAUUAGCGCUCAGGAGCUCGGGUCGGACACCGCGGUGGGAAUCGACAGCAUCACGGCCUUCUCUGCAACAAUUCACCUGAAGCCGAAUGCCCAAGCUGUGCCGGCGGUUUCUUUCCCUCUCGUCCAAGGAAUGCCCUUCAUCACAGCCCAGUAUGCCGGCGCGACCCCCGUGAUCCGCACGGGAGUCUUCUUCAGGACGGUUACGCGGGUGACACAGGACCCCAAGGCCGGCGUUGCCAAGUACACUUUCCAGCUCGAAGACGGCAAGAUCUGGCGAUUGUACGCAUAUGCAACCACCGGAUCUCAGCUCAACCUGCAGGUUGUCAACAACGGUCUCGCCCAAUCAACGCAGCCGUUCUACGGAAUCAUUCAAGUCGCCAAGGAUCCUGGAAAUGGAGAGGCACUGCUUGACCAGGCGGCCGGUGUUUAUCCCACGACAGUCGCGCUGUCUGGUUCAGUGAGCGGCACCACGGGCUCGUACACGUUCAAGUUUGCCAAGGACGGUCAUCCUGAUGGCAAGCUGGUCAUGUACGCGCUGCCGCACCAUGUCUCCUCAUUUGAUUCUACGACGAGAAACGGCGUUCAGCCGGUUCAGCUCAUGACUCCUGCCAAGGGUAUCGCAACAGCAGUCUUGGCUGACCAGUGGACGAUGCAAGAAUCGAACUUGCCUGUGAGCAUGGGUUUCGCUCCUUGGAGCCCUGACCAAGGCAGUCUCACCACGCUAUCUGACAAUGCCAAAGUCGUGAUCCGCGGGAUAGCAGCCCAGGAGGUAUCCCAGGACAUGAUGGCUCAGUCUGAUCUGGACUCCAUGUACUUCAGCGGAAAGGCCCUGGCCAAGUUUGCCUUACUGAUUAUUGUGAUCAAUGACAUUCUGGGCGACCCAGCAUUGGCGCAGUCAGGCCUGAACAGGCUCAAGGCAGCGUUUGCCACGUUUGCUACCAACAAACAAAAGUACCCGCUGGUAUAUGAGAGCGCUUGGGGAGGUGUCGUGUCUUCAGCAACCUACGUCACGGGCAACGACGGCGCCGACUUUGGCAACACGCAGUACAAUGACCACCAUUUCCACUAUGGCUAUCAUAUCCUUGCAGCCGCAGCCAUUGCUCAUUUGGACCCGAGCUGGCUGAGUGCGAACAAGGACUAUGUGAAUGCUCUGGUGCGAGACGUGGCCAACCCCAGCACCCAAGAUACCUACUUCCCUACGUGGCGUGCUUUCGACUGGUACCAUGGCCACAGCUGGGCCCAUGGUCUGUACGCCUCGUACGAUGGAAAGGACCAAGAAUCAAGCUCCGAAGACAUGAUGCACGCCUACGCCCUCAAGAUGUGGGGUGACGCCUCGGGCGACAGCAUGCUCUCAUCGCGAAGCAACCUCCAGCUCUCCAUCAUCGCCCGCGCCCUCCAGGACUACUACCUCUACAAGAGCGACAACGUCGUACAGCCACCCCAAUUUAUCGGCAACAAGGUGGCCGGCAUCCUCUUUGAGAACAAGAUUGACCACACGACCUACUUUGGCGCUAACAUCGAGUUCAUCCAAGGCAUCCAUAUGAUUCCCCUCCUCGCGCCCUCGCCUUUUGUCCGCACACCGGCCUUCGUCAAGGAAGAAUGGGACGUGUACUUUAGCAACGGACGCGUCGAUACUAUCGCGGGCGGCUGGAGGGGUAUCAUCUAUGGAAACCUUGCGACGAUUGACGGUAAGACGGCGUGGAACUUUUUCAACAGCUCCAACUUUGAUCCUAGCUGGAUCGACGGCGGCGCGAGUUUGACGUGGUACUUGACGUAUGCAGCUUUAAUGGGCAACGUCUAA